CAGGAGUUUUUGCAGAUCAAUUGGGGGUGCGCUUAACCAUAACCGCGGAUUGGAGGAUUUAUACAAACGACGAUGCUGGCUUGGUGCUCUUGCGUGGGCAUUCGCGCUGUGAGCCACACAGCCAUCAUGCCUCGACGAGUCUUCUUUGUGUGGCUCAAGUCGAUGUAGAGAGCAACAGCUAAUGAGUGCAUCAGGAGUAGUGAAGUGGUUUUAUUGUUGUGAUGACGCCUCCUCUUUCGCAUUUGUGAAUCGGGCAUUGACUUAUCAGAAUCAAAAGUUAAUUUCCCGAAUAAAGCCCAUUGAGCUAAGAAAGUAUUUUUUAAGGGCGACUCGGUCGGCAGACAACAUUACAGAUAAAAAAAACUAACUUAAUAAUCGCAAUUAUUUCGUCAAAUUGUACGUUCCAUGAUAUUUUCUGUGUGACCACAGUCUCCGCACACUGCCGCAGUGAUUUUAAUGAUUAAUGCCAUUGCAUCGUUGUUGUUCCUUCCUGGGUGUGCUGUGUGUGUGCAGCAGACAGCCGGGGAACCCUGGUCAUGGAUAAAUUGCUGGAAGAGAAUCAGGAAGAGCGGCUCUCGACUCUCAAUACAGAGUGCAAGCAGCUCAGGGAGAGGGGCAUCCUGCCGCUGUCGCCAUUGCCACGCAUCCCGGAGUGGCUCGCAUCCCGCAUCUACGUGGCCGAUCGCUAUGCAUUUAUGUACUGUGAGGUGCCCAAGACCGGCUGCACCAACUGGAAGAGGACCUUCCUGGCGUUGAUGGGGAACAUCAAGUCGUCCAAGGUGAUGACGCAGAAUCAAGUGCACAGCUUCAACUAUACAAAGCUGAGCUCGUUUGACAUCUCUGGUCAGCGCUCGCGGCUAGAUAACUACUCGAUGGUAAUGUUUGUGAGGGAGCCCAUGGAGCGCCUCGUGUCCGCCUACCGGGACAAGUUUCUGCACUCCAAGCACUACAAGAAAGUGUAUGGACGAGCUAUCAUUUCGCACUACAGGAAGAACCCCAGUCGUGUGUCUCUGACAGGCGGCCAUGACGUAACUUUCCCCGAGAUGGUGCGCUUCAUCCUCGACCCCGAGCGCCCUCUGGUGCAGGACGUGCACUGGCUACCAGCUCACCACCUCUGCCAGCCCUGUCUGCUGCGCUAUGACUACCUCGGCAAAGUGGAGACGUUAGGGCGCGACGCGGCCGACUUGCUGGCGCGCGUUAGGGCACCGGAAUCGGUGUUUUACUCGAGCCCAAAAGACAAACGCUCUUCUGCUGCGCUCACCGGAUACUACCUGGCACAGCUGAGCUCGAAAGUGAGACAGCAGCUCUACACAUUCUAUUAUGGAGACUACAAGCUCUUCGGAUAUCCAUUGCCAUCUGACAUGAAAAUUUGAAGGCACCAUAACUCAGUUAUCUUUGAACUGAACACCGCAUUUAAGAUAAACUAGAUAUUUUGGUUAAUUGGUAAUGUUUAACCAAGUAUCUGCAUUUUAAAGUUCCUGCAUGAAGAUACUUUCCACAAAACCACACAGAGGUGACCAACAUAGACAAACGUGGUCUCACAUAGCCCCAUGAUCUACAUGACAUGCGGGGUUUCUUAUAACAUUGGGAAGAUUGUAGAAACGCAAUCAUUACUUUCAUCGAAAAGUUUAACCUUGCUUUUGCUCAGGUCCAAAGACUAAGAUUGCCUUAUUGAUGCUCUAUAAUGAUCUUCUACCAUGUGUUGAUCUUUCACUAUUGUCUAUGUUUCGUUCUUGAUCUUUCUGCUCCUUUUCAUACUGUGGGCCACGGGAUUAUAUUGGAGAGAAGGUGGAACUGUAUUGGCAUUUCGAUUGAAAGCUUUCGUGACUGCAGGGAUUCAUCUUCUUGGUUCUUUCGGUAAAGUCACG